AUGCAAGAAGAAAUAAUUUUAUCAACAACUGAUUUCAAUACUUUAGUUUUUGAAGAUAUUAAAAAAAUCAGAUAUGAAGUUUUUGUUAUUGAACAACAAUGCCCACAAGAAGAGGAAUGGGAUGAAUAUGAUGAAUCAUCAAAACAUUUACUUUUAAAAGUUAAUGGUGAACCAGUUGGUUGUGCAAGAUGGAGAAAAGUAUAUUAUCCAAAAUAUGAUGGUAAUAUGGAAUGUGAUGUUAUUAAAUUAGAAAGAUUCGCAAUUUUAAAACAAUUUAGAGGAAAAUCAUUCGGUAAAGAAUUAGUUAAACAAGUAAUCAAACAUGUUUAUCAAACUACAAACAUUGACCAAAGUUUAAAUUAUCCAUUAUUUAUGAUUAAUGCUCAACAAUAUGUAGAAAAUUUCUAUUCAUCUUUAGGUUUUGAAACUGAUAAAAAUAUUCCAAUUUUUGAUGAAGCUGGUAUUUUACAUGUCAGAAUGAUUAUCACAAAUGAUAAAAUUAAAAAAUUAUAUUUUUCAUCAUAA